CAUGAAUAGAUAAUAGUAAUAAAGACAUUCUCGUUAAAAUUGCUAAAUUUGCCACAAGUCUGUACAAUCUAAUCGAUUGGUAUUUUAUUAAUCUACUCAAGCUUACACAUUAAACACAAUGCUUAAUGUAAUAAAGAUAAAGAAGAACUUAGUAAUAACAAUAAUAAGAAUAAAGACCAUAAUAUUAUUAACAAUAAAGGUAACCUUAAUAGCGAAUUAAUAAUUCUCAUAAUUAUAAUAGAAAUUAUAAUAUCCAACAUACUCAAGAUAGUUCUGAUAGUGAUGAUGAAGGAAUGCUUCAAUUCCCUAAUUUUAAUUGUAAUUCAAUUUUUAAACUAUAGAAAUUUUUGGGCCCAAUUCUUAAUUUUAAAGAUCUAUGGAAAACAUGAGACAUUAAAUGAAUGAAGCUUUCAAUAUUAAGUAUAAAUUUAUACAUAUCCUAGUUUAAAUUUUGGCUCAGAUUCAUUUUAAUUUAAUCUAAAUACUAAUAUAGGCUAAAGAUAGCAUAUCUAAAUACGAAACAUAGGCCCAUAGAUUCAAGUCUAAUAAUUUUUUAAUGUACCAAAUGUUCAAUUCUUAUAUGAUAAUGAUGAUGAUGAUGACGAGGAUGAUUAUGAAAAUUAAUAUUAUCAAAAUUAGGAUCCAGAAAAUGAAGAAAGAAGACAACCUUAACCCAUGAGUUCAAGUGAAAUUAAACAGAUACCAACAUCAAAAUAUAAACCGAACUAGAAAAAUUUAAAUUGUGUUGUUUGCAUGCUUGAUUUUAAAAAAUCUGAAAAUGUGAAGUAAAGAGUUUUAAUUAUAAAAUAUUAGAAUAUUAGAUUGUCUACAUUAAUUUCAUGCUAAGUGUAUAGAUUAAUGGUUGAAGUAGAAAGGAGAAUGUCCUAUUUGCAGACACUAAUUAAAUUGAAUAAUUUGCAC